CUGAAACCCGAGAGGCGUGGCUGGAAUUGUCUGAUUUUGCUAAACGGAGGGAUGGAUGUGCCCCAGACCUAGAAAGGAGCCCCCUCAGAGCCUCCAGGCAUCGUGCCCCUGAGUCCCUGUUUCCAGACUUGCCUUUCCCAGUCCCCACGGCCCACACACCCACAGACCCAGCCCCCCGGCUCCCUGCCAGGCUGGUGGGGGGAGGGGUGGGAACCCAGCAGGCCUCAGUUUAUUUUCCUUCCCACUGUGGGUUUGCAGAGGUUGGGGGAAAGCCAUUUAAAGCAGGUCCGAAGGGCCUCGGUUCCACCCACCAGACAGCAGGGUCGACUGCCCAGGACCCUGAGCCCAGUCCCAGGUUGACAGACGGACAGAUGUUCCUCCGCCAGCUGAUUGCUCUCCUGAGCCUGCUCAGUGGGGCCCACUUGCCCACAGGCUUUGGGAGGCCCGGACCCCAGGGGCCCCCAUCUCGGCUCUGGGCUGCCACCAAUGAGACCCGGGCUCUGGGCCGAGGGGUCCCAGCCUCCCAGGUACAAUCCUCUGCCCUCAGCAGCUGGAAGGCCUUCUUGGGCCUGCAGAAAACUGGCCGGCUGGGGAGAGGUAGUCUGCAGCAGGGGCAGGAAGCGGCCCCCACCAUGUCUCUGCCCCUGGACCCGCACGAAGUGACCCGGGAGAGGUGCCAGGCUGUGCCGUUCACCCAGGUGAUCUCCCAGCCCGGCUGCACGGCAGUUCACCUCCGAAACCACCUCUGCUUUGGCCACUGCUCGUCCCUCUACGUCCCCGGCUUGGACCCCACCCCACUCGUCCUUUGCAACAGCUGUGUGCCCACUCGAAAGCGCUGGGCACCCGUGGUCCUGUGGUGUCGGGCGAGCGGCCCCGGCUCCCGUCGACGGAUGAAGACGGCUACUGUGCUGGUUGAAGGAUGUCAGUGCAGCCCGAAGGCGUGAUCUGAGCACGAUGGAGGGACACGCAAAUGUGCACAUCUUGGGGAGACGGGGGCAGACGCGCCCAGAAAGAUGCCAACCUGGGUCAUGUACGCUGGGUCGAGAGACUAGGGACACAGGGACAGCCUGACAGGUCUCCAGCGUCCCUGCCCUGCUCCCAGGGACACCAGGCACGUCCCCAGCUGUGGGGGUGGGCCACUCAUAAUCAUAGCACUCAGUUUACCAGGCCCUGCGCUAAGCGUUUGACACACGCUGACUUACGUCAUCCCCAAAGCAGCCCAAUGAGAUGGGGGUUAGUAUCACCCUAUUUUACAGAGAAGGAAACUGAGGUUCUAAGAGGCAAAGCCACUCGCUCAGGUCCCACAGCAGUAAGUGGCAGGUCUGGCAUUCGAAUCCUGGACAGUGUGGCACCCAACGUUGACCCCUAGGCUGGACCUCCUCUCCCAGAAUGAAAGACACGCUCCCAGCUACAGGGAGGACAGAUGGUCCCACACGGACCAGGAGACACAGGGAUGACCCCGUCCUAGGGUCCCCCCCCAAGAAACCAAGACAGGGAGGCAGACAUAGCUGCUGGGGGAGACUUGGGCCCCCCAAGUCAGAGGCAGGACCCGUGUGAUCCCAGCGCCCCUCCUGCCCCACUCCCUUAACUUUCCACACAGCCCCACGCACAGUGUGGUAUUGAACAGGAACCAUAAA